AUGGAUGCGUCAACCGAAACUUCAGCUGUGACAGACUCUUCCGUGAUCCAGACGAGCUCUGCUCCAUCGUCAGAUCAGCCAACUGAUGCAGUCACGGCAGAACCUACUAACCCUACGGAAGUCGUUUUUGUUACAAACACAACCGGUACACCAGCCCUGCAGUCUACCAUGGUGACAUCUGCCACCUUAUCAACCGAUCAACAAUCUUCAACUCUUAAUUCGAAAAAUACUGAAUCGCAAACGGAGUUGAUAACCGAUACAUCGCCGGUACAAUCAAUCUCAUUUUCAACAUCAGCUGGUGUCAUGACAGACGUGGCAACUCAGACUAGAAGUGAAGAAACGACUAAGAUAGUUUCUAGUGACACGACUCAGGUGAAAACUGAUGACAUCACUCAAAUAAUAACUUAUACAACGACUAAAAUCGCUACAAACGAACCGGCUCAGAUCACAACUGAUCAUGCUGAUGGGAUGACUCAAAUUACAACUAAUGAAAUGACUCAGAUCAUGACUGAUGAAUGGACUCAGGCGACAUCUGACGUAACAACACAUAUCACAUUCGAUAAAAUGGCCGUGAGUACAAUUGACAGACUUACUGAAAGCAUUACUCAAAUUAAAACUGAUGAAACAACUAAAAUGACGACUGAUGAAAAGACGAAAAUCACUACCAAAGAAACGACUCAGACCGAAACUGAUGGAAUGACUCAAAUUACCGCUGAUGAAUCGACUCAGAUCACAGCCGAUACAACGGUUCAGAGUACACAUGACGAACUGAUUGGAGGAACUACUGAAAUAAUGACUGAUAAAACGACUCAAAUCAGUUUCAUAUACCCAACUGAGAUCACAUCUGAUAGGAUGACUAAUAUUAAAACUGAUGGAACGAUUCAUAUUUUGACCGAUGAAUUGACUCAGGUGACAACUGACGAAACUGCACAGAUCACAAAUGAUAGUAUGACUCAUAUUAUAACUGAUGGGACAACUCAUAUCUUGACCGAUGAAUUGACUCUGGUGACAACUGACGAAACUGCACAAAUACCAACUGAGGGUUCAAUUGACAAACUGACUGACAUCAUUACACAAAUACAAACUGGUGAAACAACUAAAAUGACGACGGAUGGAACGACUAAAAUCUAUAAUAAGGACACAACUCAGAUUACAACUACUGGAAUGUUUGAAACUAUGACAGAUGAAACAGGUACAAGUAUACAACUGACAACUGAUCAAUCGACUCGGAUGAGAACCGAUCAAACGACUGAGAUUACAAAUAGCAAAAUAAGUGGUGGAACAACUCUUAUCACGACUGAUGAAACGGCUCAAAUCAGUACCCAAGAAUCGACUCAGAUAACGUCUGACGGAACGGCUCAUGUUACGACUGAUGAAUCGACUAAGAUAACAGCCGAUACAACGUAUCAGACUACAAAUGACAAACUAAUUGGAGGAACCACUAAAAUAAUAACUGAUAAAUCGACUCAAAUCAGUUUCGAAUACCCGACUGAGAUCACAGCUGAUAGUAUGACUAAUAUUAUAACUGAUGAGACGACUCAUAUUUCGGCCGAUGAAAUGACUCAGGUGACAACUGACGAAACUGCACAGAUCACAACUGAGGGUUCAUUUGACAAACUGACUGACAUCAUCACACAAAUACAAACUGGUGAAACAACUGAAAUGACGACGGAUGGAACGACUAAAAUUAAUACCAAGGACACAACUCAGAUUACAACUACUGGAAUGUUUGAAACUAUGACAGAUGAAACAGGUACAAGUAUACAACUGACAACUGAUCAAUCGACUCGGAUGACAAGCGAUCAAACGACUGAGAGUACAAAUAGUAAACUAACUAGUGGAAGAACUCAUAUCACGAUUGAUGAAACGGCUGAAAUUAGUACCCAAGAACCGACUCAGGUAACGUCCGAAGGAAUGGCUCAUGUUACAACUGAUGAAUCGACUAAGAUAACAGCCGAUACAACGGUUCAGACUACAAAUGACAAACUAAUUGGAGGAACCACUAAAAUAAUAACUGAUAAAUCGACUCAAAUCAGUUUCGAAUACCCGACUGAGAUCACAGCUGAUAGUAUGACUAAUAUUAUAACUGAUGAGACGACUCAUAUUUCGGCCGAUGAAAUGACUCAGGUGACAACUGACGAAACUGCACAUAUCACAACUGAGGGUUCAAUUGACGAACUGACUGACAUCAUCACACAAAUACAAACUGGUGAAACAACUAAAAUGACGACGGAUGGAACGACUAAAAUCAAUACCAAGGACACAACUCAGAUUACAACUACUGGAGUGUUUGAAACUACGACAGAUGAAACUGGUACAAGUAUACAGCUGAAAACUGAUCAAUCGACUCGGAUGACAAGCGAUCAAACGACUGAGAGUACAAAUAGCAAAAUAACUAGUGGAACAACUCAUAUCACGAUUGAUGAAACGGCUCAAAUCAGUACCCAAGAUCCGACUCAGAAAUUAUCGGUUGGAGUGACUCAUGUUACAACUCUCGGGAUGACUCAGAUUAUGACUGAUGAACUGGUUCAGGCUACAACUGACAAAAUUACCGAGAUAACAGCUGACAAAAUAACUCAAAGUACCAUUGACAAAUUGACUGAUAUUAUCACCUUUCUCACAACUGAUGGAACGCCUAAAAUCACAACAGACGAAUCCUCUUUUGAAACAACCAUGACAACUGAUGAAAAUAGUCAGUUAAUAACUCACAAAAUGAGUGAUCAAACGACACAGAAUACAGCGGGGACACCAGACACAUCAACAACCGAGGACACACUACUUGCUACAACCGAUGAACCAGCGAAUGCACCAGCCACGAGUCGUACAACCAAAAUGACCACUGAUAUCCUGUUGACCACCGAUCAGAAAAUGGAACCUGUUAUAACUACCAUUAAACAUACAACAGCCCUUGUAGGUUGCAUAAUGCCAGUCGAUCUCGACCCUGACAUUUACCCAAGUAUGAGGAAGGACCGAUAUGACGUAAGUGACUUCAUCAUCCUAUACUGUCCACCCCCUCCUUAUGUCUUCUCUGGGGAAAUAUUCUCUCAGUGUACAGACUUUGGAUGGGCACCAGAUUUCUCCGCAAACGCGUGUUACGCCCCCUGUUCUGCCCCUGGAGUACCAGUCUAUCUAACACAUGGAGAUGCAUCAUCUGGAGAAAGGAAAGAUCAGUAUGACCACGGAACCACAUUGGUGUUUUCUUACCCGGUGUGCACCAUUCCUAUCGAUCUGGAUCCGGAUAUCCGAAUAAAUCCGUCUCAAGCCGAAUACAUGUUGGACGACCUCAUACUUCUCUAUUGCCCUCCAGUACCAUACGCCACGAGAGGGACAGCUUUUUCUGUAUGUACAGAGGGAAGGUGGGAGCCAGAUAUAUCAGACAAUGCUUGUUAUGCGCCUUGCGAGGCAAUAGUUUCGUCUGGACCAUUAGUGUUCACUAUGACGAAAGGCCUGGUCAGGGAUGACAAGUAUACCCACGACUCAGUCUUGUCAUUCAGCUGUACCCGCGGAGUGCUCUCUGGACCUGCUCUUCUGACCUGUGUAGAUGGGACAUGGACUCCUAGUGAUCAACCAAGCUGCAUGUUUGCUGGGACAACAGAGGCAGUCACCACAUCGGAACCCAAGCCCAUCUUCACCCAAGAGUACUUCACUCUUCCACCCGAUGGACAGAACUGCACAGUUUAUCCGACUAUUCUUGACACCGACCUCUACGUGAUCCCGCAGCAGUCCCGGCUCGACAACCAAUUCAUCCACGGUGAUAGUUUUCUUCUCUACUGCAAUGACACCAUCUCAACUCCUAUGAUCUGGUUUACAUUCUGUUGGGAUUCAAGAUGGUACCCUGACCCAUCUCAACGAUUUUGCUUCAGAAGAUGCACCGCUCCAUCCGUCGCAGACAACGUUCUUCAUGCCGAGAGUGAUACAGGGCUAUCUUCAGACACGUACUAUCUUCACGGAAAGAACAUCGAUUUUAAUUGCACCAUACCGGAUAGAUCGACUCUCAUCGGACCGAGCUCGUCGACAUGCAGUGACGGGGCAUGGAAUCCCUCAAACGUUCCAACUUGCGAAGUAUCUUCUACGACAUACAAUUAUAGGACAACUGCACGGGUCACUGAAUUUCCGUUCACAACCACCAAAGACAGUACUCAUGAUUUUUCAGAGUUCUUAGCGAGUGAAACGUCAAGUACAGCGACUGAAGGGCUUAGUUCACCACAACUCACUGAUUUCGCAAGCACAACGAGUUUCGGCACAGAAAAGACACAUGCCACAGACCCUCCAAACUGGACUACAUUUAAUCCCAGCCAGUCAACUGAUGGCGAAAUCGAUGUAACGUCAUCAGGAACCGAGGAUACUUUGAGUGCCUUGCCAUCAGUAGGUCAAACAGGCCAGACAAUGGGACUGGGGUCCAUUACAACAUUCGCAACACAUACUACAUCUGAUGAAACUGACCAAUCUUUGCCAGCAACAUCACGUAUUGACGUUACAUUUGGUACCUUGCUCACAGCGGCUUAUGACGCUACCAGUGCAGGUAUGAGACCUACUUCUGAUGAACGAACCGCUUCAACAUCAUCAAACACCAGAGACAUUCCGACUACAGUAGACCCCGUGUCUCGUAUGACGUCGAACCGCCAAACAGAGCAGACAAAAGGGCCAACGCACAUAACCUCAAUAAGAGAACAUACUGAAGCUGAACAAACAGACCAACAGACGUCAACAACAUCUCGCAUUGACGCAUUAACCUUUGGUACCUUGAUCGCAACGGCGUAUGGUGCUACCACCCGAGACAUGGGACCUACAUCUGGUGGUGGAACGACGGCAACGUCAUCAGGCACCAGGGAUUCUCUUCAUACCUCAGAUCACGUGUCUCAUAUGACACCAGUCCGUCAAACAGAGCAGACACAAGGGAUGGCUUCAAUUACCUCAGUCGUACAAACGGAAUCUGAUGAUACGGACCAACCGUCGUCAGAAACCUCAAGCAUGGGCGUAACCUUUGAUACCUUGGUCACAACUGCUUAUGGCACUACAACCCCAGACAUGGAACAUACAACAAUGACGAUCGCUUCUUCACAAAGCGGUUCAGUGACCGAAACUCUCUCAUCUUUUAUGACCUCUGUACCACACACACCGACGGAAACUCUCACUCAGAUUAAUGGAAACCCGACAAUGACUACACAAUAUCUUUACCCCGUGACAACAGGGACAUAUAUGCCUGAUACCGUAAGCACAUCGAUGGAGACUUCCGAACCAACAGAGCCGGACAGAGGUACCACAAUGAUGGUCUCCACGAGUAAGACAUCGGACAAAUAUCCAUUUACAACGGAUCGUCAAGAACCAUGGUGCAUGCUACCAGUUAACUUUGACCCUGACGUCAUAUUGAGCUCUACGAAGGAUCGUUAUGACGUUGGCGAUUUUCUCAUCCUAUCUUGUCCUCCACCACCUUACACUGCUGUGGGCGAGGUAUUCUCUCAAUGUACGGAGACAGGAUGGCUACCCGACAUCUCCAGCAAGGCAUGUUAUGCUCCAUGCUCCGCGCCGUCAGUGCCAUCGCAUUUAACACAUCAUGAACAAUCCACGGGGGACACACUACCAGAAUACAAACAUGGUGCCGAGCUCUCCUUCAAGUGUAUAGUGACUUCGAAAGUUUUGAGUAACACAUCUAGGACAGUAUGUGUCGAUGGUGUGUGGGAUCAACUCAGUUACCCGACGUGUGAAGCUCCCGUCUGUACUCUUCCUGCUAACUUGGAUUCGGAUAUUCUAGUAAACCCAACGAAAGAUGAAUAUAUUCUUGAUGAUUUUAUUCUUCUCUAUUGUCCACCCAUACCCUACGCGACGAGAGGAACAGCCUUUUCUGUCUGUACUGAUGGAGCAUGGGUUCCUGAUAUAUCAGGAAACGCAUGUUAUGCUCCAUGCGACCCACCUUUAACAUCUGCACCGUUGGCAUACACCCAUUCCACCGGUCUGUUCCAUUCAGGGAUGUAUACUCACGACUCUGUGCUGGAAUUCACGUGUACCAAUGGGUUGUUGACUGGUCCAGCUGGUCUGGCUUGUAUCGACGGUGCAUGGAGUCCAGAUGCAUUACCUUCAUGUAUAACAUCUGGAACUAGCGAAUAUACAGCUUCUACACUGGAACCACAACCCGUAUUCACCCAAGAAUACUUCACGCUGCCCCCGGACGGCCAUAAUUGCACAACGUAUCCUACAAUCCUGGACGAUGAUAUAUAUGUGAUCCCGCAGCAGUCCCGGCUCGACAACCAAUUCAUCCACGGUGAUAGUUUUCUUCUCUACUGCAACGAUACCAUCUCAACUCCUAUGAUCUGGUUUACAUUCUGUUGGGAUUCUAGAUGGUACCCUGACCCAUCUCAACGAUUUUGCUACAGAUACUGUAAGGUGCCUGAAGUUCCUCCGGGUGUGCUGCACUUUCUGACUUCAACAGGAAAUUCAUCUUCGACAUUUUAUGAACAUUCUAGUGAGAUCGGUUUUAACUGCUCUUUUGCCACAAGACCCAUCCUUCAAGGUACAGAGACCAUGGUAUGUACAGAUGGUUUAUGGUCACCUACAGAGGUUCCAACUUGCACAGGAGCAUCUACAACUUCAUAUUCAACUACCUCAUUAGCACCAGGGACACCCGAUGAGUUUACGGGUGGAACUCGGAUAUUGACGACGGAGUCGCACAUUUCGAUAACUUCCGAUUCGCCUAUUUCUUAUUCUGAAGUUGGCUCUAGCGACUAUACUACCACUAAUGAUAUCAUAACGGUUCACAAAUCAACUGAUUAUACUUAUAUGGAUAAGACUUCGCUGGCAGUUUUGGAGACGAGUGAUACGUUUUCAACUGAUCCCACAAACGAAUGGACAACCAAUUUCCGUGCUACCAAUGAUAUCCUUACAACUCUUACUAGUUUUAAGCCACCGCUGAGAACAUCCGAGACAACAGGGCAUCCAGUAACCAGUGAUCGGGCCAGUGAUCCCACCACAAACGUGUUGCCAGAAAUCAAUAGUUCUGCAAAACCUGUUCCAAACUUCCAAACUCCUACCGAAAAUACAGGCGUAGGAGAAACAGAUCAAACGACAGUCUUUUCGAAAACUAUUGGUGUCAGCGAACAGUCUCCUGGAAAUCCUCAAACCAUACAAAGACUCACAACGGAAAUAGUAAUGAACACACUAAAACCAGACAGAAUCCAUUCCAGUUCAGCAACAACAAACCCUACCACCAUUGCACAGGAGGAAACCCUUUCGACAAGUAAAUUAGACGUUUCCAUGAAAGGAACACUUACAUCGUUCUCUACCCUUUUUGAAGGCACCACUGACACAACAGAGGGCGCUCCUUCAAGUGACGUGACUGUCACUCCAGGCCUCAGAACUACCUCGCAGUAUAUCGCAGUCAUGUCAACAAGCAAUGACAUCUCCAGCGAUACCUCAGAUAUCGUACCUACCUCUUUUAAUCUUGGUGAGACUACAACAACCACAAACCCUCUGUCAAGUUACCAGUCGACCACCCCAAUGGUUCCUGUUACCCCUAUUCUUGAAACAACUGUAACGGAAGAAGAAUCUACUACAAUUUCACCAGACAGGACUGGGCCGUUAACUAAAACAAACAUUGUUACAGUUGAUCAACAAGGGACUACGGAAGAAAGAGGGACCCAGACAGCUUGGUGGGUAAUAUUUGCUAGUAGCAUAGGAGGGGCAUCGCUACUCUGGUUGUUGGCUUCUUGUGGCACCCUCAUAUUCGUUAUCAUAUCUAAACAGAGACGAAGGAGCGAUCACAAUAGGUCCGAUGCAUCAGAUUCUAGUGAAUGUGUCGAGUCCAGCGUUGUAUACAACCCAGGCGCAAUCAUGUACUCAGACCCGGAAGAUCCAGUUUAUUUUAUUUCUUUAAAUAUCUUGAACACAGGUUGUGCCCCACCAAUCCUAACAGUUCCAGGUUUGUACGUAGAACCAGAUAAACCCUAUUACGAUGACUUUUUCGUGCUGUACAUUCAUUGCGAACCAUCCUACAUCAAAGAUGGUCAUGAUUCAACUCUGUGUUUUCGAGAUGAUUGGAUUCCUGACCCGUCUCUCACUGCAUGUCAUGGAAAACCAACAACAUCGCAAUCGAAAACAUCAUCUAUGUCCUCAGCUGAAUCACCAGGCAUUGAUCAGACAAUACUAACAACCGAAAUCGUCACAACACAGCCGCCAACGCCAGAAAUGACAACCUCGUACUCAUCUGAGUACCACUCUCCGACGGCUAUGACAACCAUCGUUAUCGAUCAAGACCAAACGUCAGGCGGUGUAACUUCUCGUCAAGUUUCAUCUUCGUCAAAUUAUUUUACUUUCUUUAGCGACCUGAUCACUUCUACUUCUGCGGAGACAUAUACUACAUUCCCAGCUACAUCCGAUAAAACGAAAGCAUACAUCAGACAUUUCAAGCAAAAUACCGCUUAG